AUGCUCAGAAAUAAAUUUUUCUUGCAAGUUGAUGAACGUAGUCCGGUCGUGAGCUCUAUAGAACGCGCACUGAGCGGAUACCGCGGCUUAGCGGGCUUUGUUUCCGGGAGCCGUCUGGUUGCAACUGUAGGAGGCAUCACUUGCGACCGUCAACGUCAUGUCUCCUCCGAUCUCACAAGUCUUGACUCAGACGAUGGCUUGAUUCCAGAUGAAGAGUCGGCAUGUUCCAUGGAUAACAGAGAAUUCAAUUGGACGGACGCAAUAACUGAGUGCUUGGAGGGCGUUCAUAGUUUUGAUAAAGGUUCCCUCUUGAAGAUGAUCUGCCGGGAUACUUUAAUCAAUAUUAAUAUAAGCAUUGACAGCGCUAGUAGUGGGGUUUCCCCGUACAGCUCUUCGGGAUUAAGACUGCAUAACAAAGCUCCUAACUGGAUCUCCAAGGCUAAAGACGGUGCAUGA